AUGAGGCCCUCUGAGUACUCUAUCCCCGUUGGAAGUUUGGUGCUAGUCACCGGAGCUAAUGGAUAUAUUGGGUCGCAUGUUGUCGAUGUAUUGUUGGAGUUGGGAUUCAAUGUUCGUGGAACUGUUAGGGAAAAUAAACCGUGGUUAGAUCGCUUCUUCGAAGAUAGAUAUGGAAAAGGUAGAUUUGAUAGUACUGUGGUGCCAGCAAUGGAAGAAGAUGGGGUCUUUGCCUCUGCUGCAGAAAGGGUGGAUGGAAUCGUUCAUGUGGCAACAGACGUUACUCUUGUCAAUGAGCCACAUAGAAUCAUACCAGCUGUCCGAAAUGGCACGAUUAAUGUCCUCAAGGCGGCUUCGAGUCAAGAAACAGUGAAGCGUUUCGUUUUAACGUCAUCUUCUGUUGCGGCAAUCAUUCCUGAGGCCAACAAAAAGGGUGUCAUAGUCGAUGAGAAUACGUGGAACGACGACGUUGUAGGUCUCGCAUGGAGUGGCACAGCGCCUGACUCUGCCAAAAGCUACAUUACAUACUCGGCUUCGAAGACCGAAGGAGAAAGGGCCGCAUGGAAGUGGAUGGAGGAGAAUAACUCCAACUUCAUUCUGAACACUGUAUUGCCAAAUUGCAAUGAGGGCCCUAUUGCUGAAUAUAAUUAUCUAGAAUAUUUUAUCGAUGUACGCGAUACCGCUCGUUUACACGUGGCCGCCCUUCUCGAUCCAAAUGUCAAGGGAGAGCGCAUAUUUGCCAUUGCAAGAGAGUACAACUGGACAGAUGUGCUGACCAUUUUGCGCAAACUACGCCCAGGCCAAGAAUUUCUUAACAAUCCUGAAAAUGAAGGCCGUGAUUACACUGAAGUUAUCCCCAUGGCUAGGGCCCAGGGGUUGCUCCAAGGCUUUUUUGGCCAGGCGAGCUGGACAUCUCUAGAAGACAGUUUGGCAGCCGGUAUUGAGGACAUCUAG